AUGGAUUUAAACAUAAUAGAAAAUAAUCAUAAAAAGUCACACUCCUCAUCCUCACUAUCUGAUGAUAAAAUGAACUCAUCUGCUUCAACCACUUCGUCUUCAAUUAUCACAUCUUCAUCGUCAACAACAAAUACAAAUAAUUCUGACCUUAACAAUAAUCGUAUCAAUAGUCAUAAUUAUUACCAAUAUCAACAGCACCACAACUUCCUCAAAAGCUAUCCACCACCUGCAUUAACAUCUUUACCACUAGACAUCCCAUUGCAAAUCAAAGAAGUGGCACCAGGCGAUACAUCCUUCAGUUCAACUGAUACAUCGUCUAUCGAAGAUAUUAAUGCUCGCAAUAAUCAUUUUGCUAUGAUAUUUAAUAAUUCACAGUUGAAAAGAAAACAAUCAGAACACCAUACACUUAGCCAACCACCUCCUAUAUUGUUAUCUCCUGUCAGGGAAAACGAAGAACUAAGAUAUAAGAAGAUCGACUCUCCGAUGUCUGACGAGUUUUUCUUUCAGGACAAUUUUACCCUGGAUUUCAAGUUCCAGUAUCAACAGAGUAUCAUUGAAUUUUUGAAUUACAUCAUUGGCAAAUACAAAGAAAUGGAGAAUAGUAUCAGGAACUAUCAGCAUUGGUGGAACGUCUAUACUUUCAAACGUCAAACUUUAGAUAAUUUGAUUGAAAUCUGCAAUGGAUUUAAACUCAUGAUUGUUAGUAUUCUAAAACAAUUAAGCAUAAAUAGUGGGAUCAUAAAAGGAAACAGUAGCAACAAUAUCAAUCCCAAAACAAGAUUCCAUAAUGAUGACGAUUUGAUUAAUUAUAAUGUUUUCCAAUUUGUUUACAACUGUUCUAUUGAAAACAUCAACAUUGGCCACUUGAUCAAUACAUCCUUGUUUUCGAAUGCUUUCAAGUUCAACUUGUUGAGCUACUAUUACAAAUUGAAUUAUUUGUUGAUUAAUGUCAAGGAUCAGAAGAACUGGUUGGUUAUCCCAAUGGAGAUUUGGUACAAGUUGCCUUCAUUCAUCAAAAUCAUCAAUGAUAACUUAAUGAAGAUCAAUAAACCCAUGACAAAAGACUUGGAAAUAACAUUGGUAAAAUUAAAUUCCAUCACAACAAAGUUUCCUAUUGUGGAUAACUUGAAGAAAACUGAUCCAAUCAAUUCGUGGUCCGAUUUUGAAAAGAUUAACCUGUUGAUAACUAGUAAAUUCCCCGACUAUGUGCUGUUGAAUUCCACACAACAGUUUUCAGACUUUAUACCCCGACCAUUAUCUACUGCAAAUGAUAUCAAGAUUAUUCAUAUGAAGAAAGUGGUCAAUCCACCAAGAAAAGUAGAAAGUUCACCAUCAACUAAUAAUAAUAACAAUAAUAAUAGUAAUACUAAUACCACUGCUAACAAGAGCAAUAAUAAUAACAGCAGCAAUCCAACCACAUUAGGACGAGCAUCAUCUUUGAAGAGGUCAUUGAGCAAGAUUGUCAAACGAAGUUUAUCUACCAAUGAUGCCAAGGAACGAUGCGAGAAUCCAAAUGAAAGCCCAAUUGUGAAGUUGGAAACAAAUACUCCUAAACAAAACCCACCUCAGAGACACCAAUCGUUGCAAGAGCAUCUCAGACGUCUGAAGCUGGUAAAAACACCUAAACGAGAAGAUUUGGUGUUGACAAAUAAACAGCAUCCACCGUUGCCUAAUGCUGUUCCUCAAGUGACACAAUCACAACAACCAAGUAUCCGACCAACUAUUGAACGAUACAGGUCCAUCAAUGGUAAAGCAAGCACAAUCAAGAAGGUUGAUAAUUCGGCAAUCCAGUACCAAUUGGAUUGUUUGGUUCAGUUCCGUAAAAGACUCUUUCAGAUUGGUCCACAAUUAUUAGAAUUUUUGCAUUUGCAAUUGAACUAUUGUAAAUCAUGGGAAGCAUUGAUUGAACAAAGAGAACUAAUUAACAAUAAUGGCAAUGAUCCUUACAUCAAAUCGAUCUAUCAGUCGUUCCAUGAAAAGUUGUUGAACCAAAUCGAGUUCACCAAGCUGACAAUAAUAUUACACAUUGCUGAUAGAUUGAUAAUACCAAUUGACGAGUGUUUAAAGUUGUGUGACCAAGGAAAGGGAGAUCCAAUCAACGUCAACAAGUUUAUGGAGUUGAUUGUUGCGCAGUAUAACAAGUUGUAUUGCCAAUGGUUGGAAGGAAUCAUUGGACCAAGAAGUAUUAAAGAGUAUCAAGAUUUAUGCAGCAAGAUUGGCAAGACCAAUGGUGAAGACAUUAUCCAAUACUAUGACCAGUUGACUAAGUUGAAAAGUUUGGUGAUGUAA